AUGUACUUGAAGAACAGACAAAAGAAGCCUUCACAGAUUAAAGCAACUGAGAUCGAACCGGAGGGUUGUGAAGAUCAUGAAACUUAUCACAAGCUGCAGAUCACAGAUGCUGAUAAUAGCAGUAAAUGGGACAAGACAGAUUCAGAAUGUGAGUAG